AGUUGGCAAUCUCACAUGAGAAAUGGUCGUGUUUUCGCCCAAUAGUACAAGGGCGUCAAACUACAAAAAGUACCGAUAAGAGAACCGUUAAAGUACCGAACCAAUAAGUGGUAUUGAUAAAAGCAGUAAUACCAUUAAAAACUUAACAAUACCCAUCCUUAUCGUGAACAACUAACUCUUUAAUAUUUGAAUUUUAAAUGCAUCUGUGAAGUCAACCAAGUAGGCACAUUUUGAUCAGCAAAUUUAGCACAAAUAUGCUUGUGAAUAACAGCGUAAUUAACACCAUGCGAAGUGCUUCAUAUAAAAAGUGUUGACAAAGCACUACAUGGAAAAGCUUUCCACGUUAAUAAAUUAUUGACAGCCCUUCACUACAUAGUGCCCUGCAUUUAGGUAACUCCUGCUUUAUCUGUGCAAGCCCAGAUAGUGUAAACAAACAGCAAAUAACAUAAUGCACAGGAAGACAUACUUGUUUUGUUUGAACACAUACCAAAUGACAGCAUGAGCACUACUGUCUCUUUAAGACCUCAUCUACACACUUUCACCACUCGGGCUCUCCAUGUAGCCCCACCUUGUCACCAGUAGCAGCUCUCAGUCUGGAUGUGCUGGCCGUUAACUAAAGUCACCCACUACAUACCUAUCCCAAUGACAGAGCUCCCAUCGGCACAGGCAAACACACACAUACUACUGAGGGAGCCAGGAGCUUCCAUCGACCAACCCAUCACUGGUUGACUUCAGCAUUCCAGGCCUUAACAAAGUAUCUGGGAAGAGAGUGAAACGCUUGGAGGACCAUGAGUGAGCUGGAGCAGUUGCGGCAGGAGGCCGAACAACUGCGCAAUCAGAUCAGAGAUGCCAGGAAAGCAUGCAGCGACUCCAGCCUGUCCCAGAUUACGGCGGGUCUGGAUUCCGUCGGAAGGAUCCAGAUGAGAACGAGGCGGACCCUCCGCGGCCAUUUAGCCAAGAUCUACGCCAUGCACUGGGGCACUGAUUCCAGGUUACUAGUUAGUGCCUCACAAGAUGGCAAGCUCAUCGUUUGGGACAGCUACACCACAAACAAGAUUCAUGCCAUUCCAUUAAGGUCAUCAUGGGUGAUGACUUGUGCCUACGCUCCUUCAGGGAAUUAUGUAGCUUGCGGAGGCCUGGACAACAUCUGCUCAAUCUACAGCCUUAAAACCCGCGAGGGCAAUGUCAGAGUCACUAGAGAACUGCCUGGACACACAGGUUAUUUGUCAUGUUGUCGCUUUUUAGAUGAUAGUCAGAUAGUCACCAGCUCUGGAGAUACAACAUGUGCUCUGUGGGAUAUUGAGACUGGUCAGCAGACGACCACAUUUACUGGCCACAGCGGAGACGUGAUGAGCCUCUCCCUCAGUCCAGAUUCCAAGACAUUUGUGUCGGGUGCCUGCGAUGCAUCCUCCAAACUGUGGGACAUUCGAGAUGGAAUGUGCAGGCAGUCUUUCACCGGACACGUGUCUGAUAUAAAUGCUGUCUGUGCGUUCUAGCUGGGCAUGACAACAGGGUCAGCUGUUUGGGGGUGACCAGUGAUGGCAUGGCUGUGGCCACCGGUUCUUGGGAUAGUUUCCUCAGGAUAUGGAACUGACCUCAAUGGACGAGACUCUUUCUGAUCUCACAGUCACUGUAGUGCUGCCACACAUGACCUCUCCUGUUUCUCACCUCCUGUUUUUUUUCUUCCAUCUUCUCUCUUUCAAUAGUCACACUACCCCACAAUCCUUACAUUCAGCAUUGAAGAGCCUCCACAGGGUUUCUUUGUCUCUGGCUUUUCACGAGGCGGCGGACAGACUGUGUGUUGUGUAUAUAUCAGUGUUUGGAUGUUCUGAUGUGCGGAUACUCAAAAUGGGUGUCCAUAUUUUCUUUUCUCUGCUUACAAUAUGUUUUACUUCAUCCCCCAGUCACAAUACCACUGUAUGUUCCUCACCUAUUUGCCAACGCAGCAGCAACUGAGAGAUGAGGCUCCAAUUGUAUUAUAGGCCAUCAGUGUUUGACUUUUGACCUGAAGUUUGGUCUGCUUCUUCAGCUAGUGUUGCUUUGGUUCUAUCUAUCAAUGGUUUUGGCUUUGGUUGGUAGAGUGUAGUUGUGAGAGGAAACACUGAUGAUUUGGGGGGUGGGGGGGGGUAUUUGUCAUCCUUUAAGCCUGACAGUAACAUUUGGUAUGUUUUAGACUGCAUCUACUGUCAGCCUGUCUUUACUACCACUAGAUAAACCGUACUGAUCCA